CGUAUCAGAUGGGUCACAGUAAGUAAACAUUGAGACCGACGGUCUUUACUACAUACGAAGCAGACUCGAAUGUUUGUAGUCGGAUAAGAAUGAGUUUUGUUUUGUAUGGUGUUGCUGCUUUUCUUACCGUUUGCCUGUCAUGGGCCUCAAGCAAUGCAGAAAUAAAUCGUUUAGAGCGGUUCCUAGUGGACUCAGGGAACAGUUAUCAUUGGAGCCCCUGGUCUGUUUCACCUUGCGACUGCUCUGCACACCUACAGAAAAAUUACCGCAUGUGCGUAGCUGACACCGGGCAACUGGUACCGGAGUUUGCUUGCGGGAAUGGUCUUGCGCAGUACUAUAGCGGCUGCAGUUGUCCGUAUACUCAAGCGGUUCAAAUAAAUGAUCAUUGGUCGGAGUGGACGAGCUAUUCAUCGUGCUCGGUCACGUGCGGUCAAGGAUUCGAACGGAGGUAUCGCACUUGCUUGACUGGAAGUGGCACGUGCCACGGGCCAUCAACAGAACAGGCUUCUUGCAAUAUGGGAACGUGUCCAGUGGACGGCUACUGGGGACCGUGGUCGCCAUUCACCCCGUGUAGCCAUUCAUGCGGAACCGGAAUGACGAUUCGCUCCCGCACCUGUUCGUACCCGAUACCGUCCGCCCCCGGGGCGCCUUGUCAUGGGGACAGCUAUGACAGACAGGCAUGCAACGCCCAGUCAUGUAUCAUUGAUGGUCAGUGGAGUUCAUGGACGGACUGGUCAAGGUGUUUGGUAACGUGCGGACUCGGAACGAUAUCACGUGACCGCACAUGCACCUCUCCGGCGCCUUCGAAUGGUGGUCGGAAUUGCUCGGAAAUGAGUACGGAAACUCACGACUGUUCUUACGGACCGUGCGCAGAAUGGAGCCACUGGUUUGAGGGAUCUUGCUCGGUCUCCUGCGGAGAAGGGACACGUGAACGCUUACGUCACUGCAGUACCGGUCGUGACGUUGACUGCCCGGGCAACGCACAGGUUAUCGUGAACUGCACCGCGCUAAUCUGCAUUUGAAUGCCCACCAAGAAUAUACACAUUUAUUAAAUUUCAAGUAUACCGAAA